UCCUGUUUGUUUCCCUUCUCCGCGAAACCGCCGCCUCCCGCCGCUCCGAGUCGUCCAUCUCCUCUUUUGCUAGGGUUCCAAUUCCAAUCCCCCGAAUCGAAUCGCCUCCUCUCGCCCUCGCGAUGGCGGCGGCGCAGCUGACGCCAGGCGCGGUGGCGGUGAUCUCCGAGCACGCGGACGGCACGGGGACGCUGCAGCCCGUGCUGCAGGUCACGGACGUGCGGAUGGUCACCAACGUCAAGAACCCCACCGCGGCGGAGCGCUUCCGGAUGGCGCUCUCCGACGGCGUCCACACGCUGCAGUCAAUGCUCGCCACCGCCGAGAACUACAGGGUCAGGGAGGGCACCAUCCGCAGGGGGUCCGUCGUCCACCUCCAGGAGUUCACCUGCAGCACCAUCCAGAACCGCAGGAUCAUUAUUGUUAUCAAACUUGAUAUUCUGCAAAGUGAGUGCGCAUUAAUCGGAAAUCCCAAAAUCUAUGAGCCGAAAACACCUAAGGAACAGUGCCCUAACUUACCGGCCACUGCUGCUCAAACUUAUAGUGGAACCCGUUCCGGUGGCCCAGUCAUGUUGGGAUCUUCUGUUGCUCCAAGGGCAGUGCAGGUUGCUAACAAUCUAUCACAUGGUGGAUCCUACAGUGGUUGUCAAGGAACGGUGGGCUCUCCAAUUGGUCGGACAGUGGAGCCUGUUCCCAAUGUAUUGUCUGGUGGUUCUUAUGGCACAACGGCAGCACAUAACACAACAAAUGCCAACAUGUUGCAGUCAAAGUUGCAGCAGCCUUCUCUGAACUCUCACCAGAACCAGAGAUUUGCAGAUCCUGCGUCAGCUGGCGGCAUUGGAGCUCCUGGCAAUACUUAUGGGCGCCCAGCUCAGCCUUUGUAUCAGCAGCCAUCUCCUGCGUAUAUGAAUAGAGGCCCUGCUAAGAAUGAAGCCACUAGUCGUGUUGUCCCUGUGGCUCAAUUGAAUCCAUACCAAAGUAGAUGGACAAUCAAGGCUAGGGUGACUGCAAAGACUGAUAUCAGGCACUUCACCAACGCCAAAGGUCCUGGAACAGUCUUCUCCUUUGAUCUACUUGAUGCACAGGGUGGAGAAAUCCGUGCAACAUGUUUCAAUUCGCAGGUUGAUCUGUAUUAUAACCAAAUUGAGGUUGAUAAGGUGUACUUGAUAUCUAAAGGGGCAGUGAAACCUGCACAGAAGAAGUUUAACCCUUUGAAUAAUGAGUAUGAGAUAACUCUCGAUCACUCAACAUCUAUAGAAACUUGUUCUGGUGACGAUUGCAGCAUCCCUAGGCAGCAGUACAACUUUCGACAGAUCAGCGAAAUAGAGAACGUGGAGACUGGUGCUCUGGUAGAUUUGGUUGGCAUUGUUACAUCAGUUAGCCCUUCUUCCACAAUAAUGCGGAAGGAUGGCACGGAAACCCGGAAACAAACUCUUCAACUGAAGGACAUGUCUAGUCGAAGUGUGGAAAUAACCUUUUGGGGGAAAUUCUGUGAUGCUGAAGGCCAGCAGCUGCAGCUGCAGUGCGAUUCUGGUUUGAAUCCUAUUCUUGCUUUGAAAAGUGGCCGUGUCAGUGAUUAUAGUGGUAGAUCUGUGGGCACAAUUGGCUCAACCCAGCUAAAAAUAAACCCAGAAUUUCCUGAGGCUGAAAGGUUGCGUCAUUGGUAUGUAACUGAAGGAAAGACUGCUUCUUGUGUUUCUUUAACUCGAGAGAUGUCAAGCAUGGGCAGGACUGAUGUCCGGGUAACAGUCACGCAGAUCAAGGAUGAAAACUUGGGGCGGAAAGAAAAGCCAGACUGGAUCACUAUUAAGGGUGCAAUCUCACAUUUGAACACUGAUAAUUUUUGUUAUCCUGCUUGCACCGCAGAGGUUAACGGCAGGCAAUGCAACAAAAAGGUGACAAAUAAUGGUGAUGGGACAUGGCAUUGUGAAAGAUGCGAUCAGGGCAUACCGAAUUGUGAGUAUAGGUACUUGCUGCUGUGUCAGAUCCAGGAUCAUACAGGUGUCACCUACGCUACUGCAUUCCAAGAAGGUGGUACGGAGAUAAUUGGCUGCAGUGCGCAAGAGCUUUUCACCAUAAGAGAAGAAGAUGAAGCCAGAUUUACAGAAAUCAUUCAGGGGGUUUGUUGGCAGCAGUAUCUAUUCAAGCUGAAAGUCAAGGAGGAAACCUUCAAUGAUGAGCAGCGUGUUAAAUGCAGCAUUGUUAAAGCGGAAAAGUUGGAUCCUUUGAAAGAAAGUGGUUACCUUCUGGGGGCGAUUGACAGCAUAUUGCAGGGUGACGCAGGAUCACCUCCUGAGGUGCAGGGCGCUAUGGCCUAUAAUUAUGGUUUUAAUAAUUCGGGUUCCGGAGGACAAAGCGUUCCAACCUCCACGAAUAUAAGUGGCGCAAGGUUUGGGGACUCUGCAAAUCAGCUUGGGCAGCAAACAAACUUGUAUAGCCGGGUGUCUACUCCAGCAUCAGUGACACAGAAUGUACAGACUUCUUGCAUGGCUUGUGGGUCGAGUGGGCACAAUGCACAAAACUGCCCGGGCAUGAAUAGGCAACAACCUGCAGCAAGCACGGCUGGUUCCUAUGGCUCUUCACCGGGCAACACCAGCUCGGGUUUCUUGUGUUUCAAAUGUCAUCAGCCUGGGCACUUUGCUAACGCUUGUCCAGGGGUGACUACUGGCCCCCAGCAGCAGCCAUAUGGAAACGGUGUUGCAUCAGGAGGAUACAGUGGUAGACAAUCUUAUGUUGGGGGCUACUGAAGUAUUUUGCCUAGCAGCUGUAAUCCUGGUUUUUGUAAGCUGCCUGUAUGGCAUCGCCGCGUUUCUGUAAAGUAGUUAAAUUUUACUUUUAUGGUUGGCUGAAUCCGGACCAUGUGUUGGUACUUUAAACUAGUGUUUAUUUUUCGUUUUCUGUUUUGGUCUGUUGUUGUGGCGAAUCCUCGUUUUUGUGCCUGUAGAAUUUGUUGGUUGUACUAGUCAGCUUAAACUGCAUGGUUCUGUAAAUUAAAAUGGUUGGUGCAGCAAUUA